GGUUCCUGGUCAGUACCUCGCCCUGGGUUUGGCAGGCUUUGGCACCUGCUGAUUUCCAGGAGAGCCUGCAAGCCGUGCGAGUGCGGGGAGGGAGGAAGAAAGGACCAGUUCAGCCAAACCCUGUGUCGGUGGCUGUUGCAGAGAGAAGUCUGUGGGAUAUUGCACUGCCACUCACAUCUUUUCCUCGUCCUGCGAUUGUGCCCGUGGCUAUCUUGCCCUUUCACAGCACCUUGGCUGAUGGGGACCAGUUACCCCCAGAACAUACUGUCAGCCAGUACGAAACAUCCAAGAUCAGGACAAUAAAAGCUGGAACUUUGGAGAAACUUGUGGAGAACCUUCUGACAGCUUUUGGCGAUAAUGAUUUUACAUACAUCAAUAUCUUCCUCUCCACGUACCGGGCCUUUUCUUCAACUAAGGAAGUACUGGAACUUCUUCUUGACAGGAAUGGAAACCUGGAGACCUCAAGCUGUGAAGAGGUUGGAAGCCAGAAUUCCUCCGAAUCCAAAACAGUACUCAGGACUGCAAUAGCAUCAAUCUUACGAGCCUGGCUCGAUCAGUGCUCUGAGGAUUUCAGAGAGCCGCCCAACCACCCGUGUUUGCUAAAGUUGCUGGAUUACCUGAAGAAGAAUAUGCCUGGCUCUGACCCAGAGAAGAGGGCACAGAAUCUCUUGGAGCAGUUCCAGAACCAAGAAGUGGAAAAUGACGAGGGGUUCCAUAGCAUUUCCACCUGUAACCUAGAUGAUGAAGAGGAACUGGAGAUCAGUGGUUCAGAAGAAUUAUCUUUUUUCAAAGACCACCUUGUGGCCGAACAGUUGACAUACAUGGAUGCGAUGCUCUUCAAGAAAGUUGUGCCCUACCACUGUUUGGGGUGCAUCUGGUCUCAAAGGGAUAAGAAAGAAAACAAGCACCUGGCACCUACCAUCAGAGCCACCAUCUCUCAGUUCAAUGCAGUUACCAGAUGUGUUGUCAGCACUAUCCUGAAGAACAAAGAACUCAAAGCACAGCAAAGAGCCAAGAUCAUUGAGAAAUGGAUUCAUAUUGCACACGUAAGGCUUUUAUUCUAG